CGUUCGGCAAGCACGGAAUAUGCCGAACAGGCUCUCGGUAAUCUCCGGAAGUGGUUCCCGAAGUUCUUCCUUUUUUGGUCGGCCAUCUUGAGCCAUCAUGAAGAUCGAGCUGUGUCUCUACAGUGGGUAUAAAAUAUACCCCGGCCAUGGCAAGAGAUAUGCCAGAACCGAUGGCAGGGUGUACACUUUCCUGAACGCGAAAUGCGAAGCUUCAUUCCUGAUGAAGCGGAACCCGCGUGAGAUCACGUGGACGGUGCUGUACCGCCGCAAGCACAAGAAGGGUCAGCAGGAGGAGAUUCAGAAGAAACGCAGCCGCAGAACCGCCAAGUUCCAGCGCGCUAUCACUGGUGCCUCGCUGACGGAGAUCAUGGCCAAGAGAAAUCAGAAGCCAGAGGUCCGUAAGGCACAGAGGGAGCAGGCUGUCAAGGCUGCUAAGGAAAAGAAGAAGGCAGAUCAGGCAGGCAAGAGGAAGGCCCCUGCUAAGGCCCGGGCAGCUGCGCCGAAGACCAAGGCCCCGAAGACGGUAAAGGCUGCAGCACCCAGAGUUGGCGGGAAGCGAUAGAGAACUCACUAUUCCAUCUAAUAUCAACCUUCUGGAUGUGUAAUAAACAUCAACUCUGA